AUGUCAAAUAGAUCAUCACAAGUCGUUACAUUAGAUAGUGUCAACUCGCUUACCAAUUACGACUCAAAGCCUAUUGUCUGGAAGGAUUUAGGUGUAUAUUUGGAUAAAAAGUUAGCCGUUGAACCAAAGGUUCAAUCCCACUUCUCGGGAGAGAAUUCCUUAUUAUCGCAGGUAAUAAAGUAUAAGAUCUGCAAAAGCUGCCAAAGACCUAUUGGUUUUGAAAGUUUAGGUGACCACUACGAUAAGUGUACUCAAAUGAGGAACAAGAAGAAUUUCGACGACCUGGACGACGUUCCCAUCAAGAAGAGAAAGGCCAAACUACUUGAGCAGCCUGAAACAAGCUCUAUAGAUUCCUCAAGAAAUACCACUCCUCAACCAAAUGGUGCUUCGAUAAGUUCUAUUACCGGUAAGCCAAAAAAGAAAUAUAAGAAGUCUCAAACCCAGAAGGAGAAGGAAGCUGCCAAUGCAGCAGCAGCAGCUGCUGCUGCCCAAGAUACGACGGAGAAGAGGAAGAAGAAACUGCAGAAACCACAAAAAUCUUCGACAAAACAAAAAGGUCCUGUUGAUGUUGAGAAACAGUGUGGUGUACCAUUACCAAAUGGAGGAUUCUGUGCCAGAUCUUUGACCUGUAAGACCCAUUCUAUGGGUGCCAAGCGUAUGGUUCCCGGUCGUAGUGCUCCUUAUGAUGUAUUAUUACAGCAGUACCAGAAGCGUAACCAGGCCAAGAUGGCUGCCAAUAAUGCUUUGGCUCUCCAGAAGAAAGAGAAUGAUGAAUUGAACGCUGUCAACACCGAUUCGGAUAUGGCUGCGGCACGUGUAUUGGAUCCAGAUGAUGAAACAUACUUGGUGUUGGAAGGUUUGAGCAAGAACCAACCCAUUCCGUUGGAAAGGAAAGUGAUUUUGCCAGUGAGAAACCGGCACCGGUUUUUGUAUAUGAGAGAAAGCUACGCUAAUGCUUUGAUAAUCAACAGUGGAGCGGGGUCUCAACAAAGUCAGGGCCAAUCUAAUGAACAGACAUUGGCCAACCAGGCCAUUUCUGGUUCUAUUGGUGGAUUACAAGGAAGAAGUGCCUUGGUCAAUGUUGAUUCUAAGAGAAUCGAAAAUGACUCAGUCACUCAGAACUCCACCAAUAUUUCAGGUGAAAUGUACCAGGUUCGUGCUCCUUCCAAGGAAAUUAUGUUAACUGCCCAGCACAAUGCUGCGCAACAACAAUUGUUUCAGCAACAGAUCGCCAAGUUGCAACAACAGCAGUUGAUGUUGAUGAAGCAAAGGCAAAAACGAGCCCAACAACAGGCUCAAGCCCAAGCUCAACAGCAAGCGCAGGCUCAAGUCCAGAGGUAG